AUGCGUACAAAGGAAAUCUGUGAGAACAUUCAGAUGCAAGCGCAGAAGGUUAUUUGGCAGCAUCUAAUAUGGUAUCCAUUGUAUAUUCCAAAGCAUAGCUUGAUUGCUUGGAUGACCAUUUUGAAUCGACUACCUACAAGAGAUCGUUUACAAAAAAUGGGAAUUAGCACGGAUGGUCUUUGUAUAAAUUGCAGCGCCCAUCAAGAAACGAGAGAUCAUCUUUUCUCUAAUUGCUUCUUGGCUGCUGGUAUAUGGAAAUCUAUCAUUAUCAUGAAUGGGAUGAACUUUUCUGCUUUGACAUGGGAUGAAAUGGUAGCUCGUGCUUGUUCCUCUUGGAAAGGAAAGUCCCUCUUAACUACCAUUUUGAAGAUAUCUUGGAAUGCUUUCAUAUAUUUCUUGUGGCAAGAACGGAACCACAGAUUUUUUCAGGUCGUUACCGAUCUGCUGAUGUUAUUCUUAAAGAUAUUGUUGAUGUAG